UUAAAGCGCGGGGCCGCGGGACCGCACUCACUCGCGCUCCCGCCGCCUCCGCACCCAGCCAUGGAGCGGCCGCCGCUGAGCGUCCUGCUCGUCGGCGCCGCCGGCCUGCUGCUCCUGCUCCUGCCCCUCUCCUCUUCCUCCUCUUCGGACGCCUGCGGCCCCUGCGAGCCGGCCGCCUGCCCGCCCCUGCCCCCGCGGGGCUGUCCGCUGGGCGAGACCCGCGACGCGUGCGGCUGCUGCCCGGUGUGCGCCCGCGGCGAGGGCGAGCCGUGCGGGGGCGGCGGCGCCGGCAGGGGGCACUGCGCGCCGGGCAUGGAGUGCGUGAAGAGCCGCAAGAGGCGGAAGGGUAAAGCCGGGGCAGCAGCCGGCGGCCCGGAGGUGAGCGGCGUGUGCGUGUGCAAGAGCCGCUACCCGGUGUGCGGCAGCGACGGCGUCACCUACCCCAGCGGGUGCCAGCUGCGCGCCGCCAGCCUGCGGGCCGAGAGCCGCGGGGAGAAGGCCGUCACCCAGGUCAGCAAGGGCACCUGCGAGCAAGGGCCUUCCAUCGUGACACCCCCCAAGGACAUCCGGAAUGUCACUGGCGCCCAGGUGUACUUGAGCUGUGAGGUCAUCGGAAUCCCAACCCCGGUGCUCAUCUGGAACAAGGUAAAAAGGGGUAACCACGGAGUUCAAAGGACAGAACUCUUGCCUGGUGACCGGGACAACCUGGCCAUUCAGACUCGGGGUGGCCCAGAAAAGCAUGAAGUCACUGGCUGGGUGCUGGUAUCUCCUCUCAGUAAGGAGGACGCUGGAGAGUAUGAGUGCCACGCGUCCAACUCGCAAGGAGAGGCUUCCGCGUCGGCCAAAAUCACAGUGCUGGAUGCCAUACAUUAAACACCAGUGAAAAAAGGUGAAGGUGCUGACCUGUAAACCUGCAGAAGUGUAUCCGUCUGCCUCACUAGUAGUAGUCCUGGAUUGCUGCAGCCCUGUUCUUGCCUAGUAACAGUUUCUUUUCCUCCAAUCCACUAACGCUUAGUUACAUUCACUGGUUUCGCAGAGGAAAUCCACAAUAAAGAUAACAUCAAGACUCCUACAAAAAUUUAUUGUCUAUUUAUAGAAGAAGAGCAUACAUGUAAUUGAAAUCAGUAAAAUGCUUUCUCUCACAA